UUUUAGAUAUUUACUCCCCCGCCAUGGAUAAUAAGAAGUUAGCAACAUAGCCACAAAAUAAAGGAAGAAGAAGAAGUUACGCUGUUCGUUAGUCUAUCGGUUGAACCCCCAAAAACCUCACAAAACCCUCGACAAUCUCACAGUUUCAUCCAUCAAUUGUGUUUGUUUAGUUUCGACAUUUUCACUAAAUUGAUGCACCUCUGUCUCUUUAUUCCGUGAUGACUCUUGUGCCCAGUCGUCAACUUUACCCAACGAGCUUAUUCGACUCAUUCCAGAGCUCCUUCUCAAAGUUCCAUGGCCCCCACAUCCAUUUAUUCAGGUGCGGUUCCUCCAUUCCUUUCAAAAAGCACACUUUCUAUGCCACCCACUACACUAUCAGCUCUACCUUAAACCCUGAGCAAAACCCACUAAGGAAAUCAAAUUUUGUUAGGAAAAAUCAACCCAUUUCUCAAUAUAAACCCAAGAAGAAUUUUUCUAGCAGUAGUUGGAUUGAUAAAUGGAAUGAAUCCCACAAACAUAAUCGCCCAAAGCCACCCCGGGCUCUGUUGGACUAUCAGAGUAGUGAAAGCGGGAAUUUGAGUGGUUCAGGAUAUGCUGAGGGUGAUAGCGGUGGGGGUAGAAAUAGUAGUGGUAGUACAAUGGAGAAGAUUGUUGAGAAAUUGAAGAAAUUUGGGUACGUUGAUGAUAGUAAUGAGAAUAAAGGGGAGGUGAGAGACAGAGUGAUUGAGAAAGGUUCUGUGGAGGAUAUAUUUUAUGUUGAGGAAGGAAUGUUGCCAAAUUCAAGAGGUGGGUUCUCGGAGGAAUCACCAUUAGGGAUAGAGAAUGUGUUUGGAGGUGAUGGUAAGGUGAGGUUUCCAUGGGAAAAGCCAAAAGAGGAAGAGAAGCAAGAAGAGGGUUCAGUGAGGAGGAAGAGUAGGACUUCAUUGGCAGAAUUGACGCUUCCCGAGUCAGAGUUGAGGAGGUUAACGAAUUUGACAUUUCAGAAGAAGCACAAGACUAGGAUUGGUGGUGGUGGUGUUACUCAAGCCGUAGUGGAGAUGAUACAUGAGAGAUGGAAGACUUCAGAGAUUGUGAGAUUGAAAAUUGAAGGACCACCAGCUCUUAACAUGAAGAGAAUGCAUGAGAUAUUAGAGCGAAAAACUGGUGGUUUGGUGAUUUGGAGGUCUGGCACAUCCCUUUCUUUGUACAGAGGUGUGAGCUAUGAGGUUCCUUCAGUAAAACUAAACAAGCGGAUAUACAAGAAACAUGACAUUUCUUCCACACCCUUACCAACUGUUGCUGAUAAAUCUGUGGGAGACUUUGCUGAGCUUGCUUCUUAUAGUAAUGUAAAAACACCCCAAGAAAAGUCAGAGAAUACUUCCCAGGAGAAGGAAGACACAGAACAAUUGGCAGAAGUGAAGUAUGAAGAUGAAGUAGACAAACUUUUAGAUAGUUUAGGCCCUAGAUUCAAAGAUUGGCCAGGAUGCGAUCCAUUACCUGUAGAUGCAGAUAUGCUCCCGGGGAUAGUUCCUGGUUACCAGCCUCCCUUCAGAGUACUUCCUUAUGGAGUGCGAUCUACCCUUGGUUUAAAGGAGGCAACAUCUUUAAGAAGGCUGGCUAGGGUUCUUCCACCACAUUUUGCUUUAGGCCGAAGCAGACAGCUCCAGGGUCUAGCAGUGGCCAUGGCUAAAUUAUGGGAAAAAAGUUUGAUUGCAAAGAUUGCACUGAAACGUGGUGUUCAGCUGACUACUAGUGAGAGAAUGGCUGAAGACAUAAAGAGAUUGACGGGGGGUGUCAUGCUAUCUCGAAACAAGGACUUCUUGGUCUUCUAUAGGGGGAAGAAUUUUUUGUCACCAGAUGUCACUGAAGCGUUACUGGAGCGGGAGAGAUUGGCAAAAUCCCUUCAAGAUGAAGAGGAACAGGCAAGGUUGAGAGCUUCAGCCAUGUUCAUACCAAAUGUUGAAGUAGCACAACACUUUGGUACCGCUGGUACACUUGGAGAGACUUUGGAUGCAGAUGCUAAGUGGGGAAAGAGGUUGGAUAAAGAAAAAGUUAUGCGAGAAGCAGACAUAUUAAGGCAUGCCCAUCUGGUCAGAAAGCUUGAACGAAAGCUUUCCUUUGCUGAACGAAAGCUAAUGAGAGCUGAACAAGCCUUAUCUAAGGUAGAGGAAUCUUUGAAACCAUCCAAGCAGCAAGCAGACCCAGAAAGCAUUACUGAUGAGGAGAGGUUUAUGUUUCGUAAGCUUGGGUUAAGGAUGAAAGCUUUCUUACUGCUUGGUAGACGUGGAGUAUUUGAUGGUACAGUGGAGAACAUGCAUUUGCACUGGAAGUACCGGGAGUUGGUCAAGAUAAUGGUGAAUGCUAAAACUUUUGAACAGGUCAAAAAUAUUGCAUUAGCACUUGAAGCAGAGAGUGGAGGUGUCUUGGUUUCAGUAGACAAAGUUUCCAAAAAAUUUGCUAUAAUUGUGUACCGAGGAAAGGACUAUCACCGACCUUCUACAUUGAGGCCAAAGAAUCUUUUGACAAAAAGGAAAGCUUUGGCACGCUCUAUUGAACUUCAAAGACAGGAGGCUCUUCUAAAACAUAUUUCAGCUGUGCAGAGUAAAGCGGACACACUUAGAUCCGAAAUAGAACAAAUGGAUAGUGUGAAAGAUCAAGGAGAUGAAGCAUUGUACAACAAAUUAGAUUCUUCUUACCCUACUGACGAUGAGGAUUCUGAGGAAGUAGAUGCUUAUCUUGAAACAUAUAACAGAGAAAAUGAAGGUGAAGAUGAAGGCAAUUACUCAAUUUGCAAUCCUCACCUGGAAACCAAUUUUCCAUAUUUUGAGAAUCAGGAUUCUCAAACAGAAUUGGAAGUUCCUCAACACCAUUUGCAUGCAGUGCCGACGAAUUCAUGUGCUGGAUUGGACCAGGAUGAGGAACAUGACUCCCUACAAUGAUGGUAUCAACUGAAUGUAAACCAUUGGUAGAACAGCAUUCAGAAAUUGUCGAAAGGGUUGUGGGAAUAGCAUCCUGGUUGCUUGGCAUAUUGUACAGACAAUUUUGGGAGGCCAACGUAUAUGUAACUUUACAUUAGUUUUUUGGUACACAAGUUUCUGUCAUGAUCUCUUGCCAUGUUUUUUAGUUCUUGUGGGAGGAGUUAGAUGUAGCUGGUUUGUAGAGCAUAUUCAUGUUUUCAGGCCUCAAACUUGUGUUACACUUUUGCUGAAGAAGCAUUCUAUGUAAAUGAACAUGAUUCUUCAAUCCCGGUGGAUAUUUUUCCUCA